UUUUAUGUUCUUAGUAGCGUGUCGUUAUUUCUGAGCUUGCUUCUUUCCCUCUCUCCUUCCUUCCCUAGACCUCGAAUCCGUGCCUUUUGCGCAGUUACGAUGGCCGCAGCGUCGCCGCGUCGCCGGUACAAGACAGCUGUAGCCCACAGCACCUGCAGUCGUUGCUACCGUUCUUGCCCGUUCAGGUGACGUUCGGUUUUGACUUCCUGUAUCUAUUCGCGCGGGAUUCAUAAGUCACCUUCACCUCCGCCUACUUGACACCUCAAACUCAACCCAAUCCCAACGAACAUUCAUUUUUUAACGAACAUCGUUACCAUGGCGGCGACAGCUAUGAUGCCAUUCCUAACUCCCUCGCUUUGUGCCAAUACGAAACGGCUCGUUGACGGCAAUGUGGAAUUCUGCCGCGAGGCCGCAGGUCUCGCUUGUGGCGCUUGCAACUUGGUCCAGUACUGCUCAAAAGAGUGCCAGAAGGCGCACUGGCGCGAGCACAAAGGGCAGUGCAAAUCCGACUUGAUGCAGCCAGAAUACGUGCCUGCUUGGGCUCGCGAAGGCCGGACCCCAAGCUUCAUCGAAAAUGACGAGACCCUGCCGAUCGCUAGCUCUGGACAGAGGCGGUAUCUCUGGGGAAACAUGCCAGCUCUGGAUAUCAUGAAGAUGAAGGAGAACGAAGGACUCGGAGAUCUCGGUCGAGACAUCAGCCUCCUGUUCGCUGCCUCUGGAGACUGCAGAAACAUCGUCAAGACCAUUGUCGGCCUUCCCGAAGGAUAUACGGGCCAAUGCACCGCGGUCCUGAACGACAGAGACUUUGCCGUCGUAGCGCGGAACGCCAUCCUCCUCCUCUUAGCUCUUCGUCUUGACCCAGAGGCCAGCGCUCCGAUGAUGAUACACCUGUGGUACUCUGCCCUCAUACCCGCCAUCAUGCUGGAUACCUUGCAGCGUGAGAUUCUACCCUACAUUGAAAACGUCUGUGCCAAAGUAAAUGACAAGCCGGCCCACUCGCUCCAGGCGAAGACGUUCAAAUUCCCAAUGGGCUCCUUGCGUCUGCUUCUGAAAAAGGAGCAAUGGUUUCGGCUUGCUUCCUUCUUCAAAGUUCCGGACGGUCUCACUUGUCACUCGGCCACAACACUUCGACGACAAACGACGCUCAACCCUGACAGGAAGGACAAUCUCGACCGUAUACUUUACUCAUGGCCGCCCGGCCAACGCUUGGGAUGUAUGAAAUUCAGAGCCGAAGGCAUACUCCUGCCUUUUGGGAGUUCCACUCAGGAGUUCGAUACGCCGAAUCCAACGUUUUUCCAAAAACCGGGAGUGUGGCCCAUGAAGGACGAUGCGGAUCCCCUCCGCGGUUGGCUGCACACAGACUAUCUGCCAUACGCUCCCAUCGCCAAAGCCGACGUGUACGGAAGCCUGUUCUUCUUCCUCGGCGACCUGCUCCUCAAGUUCUGCAAGCGUGUCCGAAACACGCGCCUCUCGUUUCAGUUGUACAACGUGGAUGUGCGAGAGCUGCCUAGCUACCUACGGCAGGACGGGAGAAAAGCCUUUGAUCGCAUCGAGGUCGACAACAUCUGCGACAGAGGCUACAUCGGCCCCUCGACGACCGUCUCCCUCUUCGCGCUCCUCCUCCAACCAAAACCGCAAAACCCGCACGCCACCCUCAUCCUCCUCUUUCAGACUGCAGUCCGCGAAACGGAACGGGCGCUCGGGCACGGCUACAAGGCCACCGAUCUCCCUCGACGGUUGCAGCGCAUGCGUAAACUCCUCGGCGACUGGCACACAAGAGACAUGCUGCUUGGUAGCCUCGCCCGCCCAGACGCAGGGGAAGGAGAAGGCGAGACGGCGGCGGCAAAGUAUAAUCCGGAGCUCAUCCGCAUGGCGGAUGUGCAAGACAGGUUUGGCGAUUUUGACGGCUUGUUUGACAUGUUCUGGAAGGGGGAGCGGAUGGACGAGGUUCUGGCGGCGAAUGGGGUGAGGGUGAGGGUCAGGAAGAGGGGCCGUGGGAUUGUGGACCAGUGGCCGUAUCGUGUUAGGCGGGGGAUGACGAAGGAGGAGUUUGAAGUGUUGUGUAGGGUUGACGUGAGCGGGUCGGAGAGGUACGUGGAGGUGGAGAGGGUGGAGGCGAAAUAGGGUUGUGGCGGAUUGGCUUGCUUGUUCGUGUGCGAGGUGGAUACAUAAUACAGGAGAUAAGGCAGAAAACGACGACGACGGCGGCGACGACGAAGAUACAGGGCAUUACUACGAUAGCAAUAUCAUUACCCCUUGCAUAUUUCUUUGGGGGUUUUAAGCCCUAGUUUUAUG